AUGAACUUGUCGGUCCCGCGACUUGCGGCCCGCCGCGGAGGGGACUUAAAUUCCGGAAUCUCAUACAUAUCUUCGCGCAAUCUCUCGUCUCUUCAAACUCUAUCAGCGCGGCUAUCCCACCAGCGCAAUCUACCAUGCUCGCGACGAAAUAUCACCAGUGCUUCGGCUCUCAACGCCCAAGAAGCCCAACCAACGCCUACAAAUGAACAAGCACAAUCAUCAAAAACCAAUACACCACCUAAGAACUCCUCCGCAUCCUCUAUAUCCGAACAUGUUCGCCUUCUCAUGCGCCAAGUCCCCUACCCCGUCGCCAUAAUCACAGCAACAGAUCCCAGCGGCGCAUCAGAUACAUCCUCAUUCCGUGGUAUGACAGUAUCCUCUUUCAAUACCGUUACCCUUACACCAAACCCGGUCAUCUCGUUCAAUGUGCGCAGGCCAUCUGAGACAUUAAACGCUCUUCUCACCUCGCAACGAUUCCUGGUUCAUUUACUUGCUCCGGGGCCCGCAACUGCUACACUCGCGCGGGAUUUCUCGAAGGGCAACACCACACUUGCCAGUAUACUGAAUGGGCAUGGGGACUUUGAAUUCAGCGCUUUGCCAGCUUGUCCAGGAGGCCAGAACUCUGGAUCUGUGAGACCUCUUCCUAUUUUGAGGAGGAGGGAUGGCCCGAAUGAAUUAACGAAAGAUGGAGGAAAUGCUGAUUUUCCAUUCGUACUUGAGUGUACACUACAUCCGCAGAAAAUUGAUGUGCAGGAUCACUCGAUUGUGCUGGGGACUGUUGUUCGUGCAAUCGAGGGCGAGGAUCUCGCGCUUUCAGAGCGACAUUGCGCGCAAAAGAGUGGGAAUGAGCAUUCGGCAGAACAAUUAUGUUUGUCGUACGCUAAUACUAAAUUUUGGAAGAUGGGAACUGAGAUUUGA